GAGAGGGAUAUAUAUAGAGAGAGAUCUGAACCUCUGUCAGAGUUGCAUGUAUCCCAGCAUCCAUCCAGACAGGCCGGCCUCGCCCUCUCCUCAACCCAGGAUUACAACCUCGAAGUCGGGCAUGGACGACAACAAAGCCCCCUGCGACACGACAGUGCUGGAGUUUAAAGAAGACACUGCACUGACAGAGGUGAUGCGUCUGCGCGUGUCGUCUCUGCAGCGCUCCGGGCAGAAGCGCCAGGACGGCGAGCGCCUGCUCCUCCCCCACGAGGCGGUGUACCGGCUGGACUUCCCCACCCAGGACCUCAACUUCUCCCGCUGGUACUUCUCCCUCAGGGCCCACGGUCGCGUCACCAUCACCGGCAUCUCGCAGCACUGGACCCCCGACCUCACCAACCUGAUGACGCGGCAGCUACUCGAGCCCAUCGGCACGUUUUGGCGAAACGCCAACGACCCCGAGGACUCGCCGCUCAAGUGGCUGGAGGCGGACAUGCAGGAGUUCGGCGAGAGGAUCGCCGAGCUGGCCAAGGUCAGGAAGGUCAUGUACUUCCUGUUUGCGUUCAAGGAUGCCGCGGAGGCCGCGAAUCUCAGCUGCUCGGUGGAGUUCACACCAGAUAAAUGACUCUUACAUUUGUCGGUAGAGUCCCGUUAGUACCCACAAAGCAUUGCAAUAUGCAAUAUGA